UUGUCGUUUGAUUGGAAUAUGGCUGCGUUGGUUCAAACGUUUCCCCAGCAGACCAGCACUGUCACUCUCCAGACCCGAUCAUCCGGAAACAUGAUGCCCGCACAAGCUCAGGCAAAUCAGCAGUACAUGGCCGCCCAGCAGGCGCAGCGAAAUUUCUCGGGGGCGUCAGGCGUUUACCGCGGCAGUAAUGCUCCCAUCCAACCCUAUGCCUUCACCAGCACUCCCAGCCUCAACACGACUGGUCAGUGGCAGCAGUAUGGCAACGGUUAUCGCACGGCAUCUUCUCCCGCUGUUCCGACACAGGGUAUGGUUCAAGGACAUGAUGGCAACCGGUCUCGUCACACUGGAAGCUCUUCCGUUUCAUACAGCCAUAACAUGGGUACGAGCCAGGGCGGAUCGAGAGAUGAUUCAGCUAUCCCUGCCGCUCGCACGAAUCCCCAGGCACAGAGACCUCAAUCUGCGUAUCUCGCCGGCAGCACGACACCGCAAAUGACGUUCGCUCAGGCCGCCGGUGCUAAGACGACACCUGAUAGGUACAGGCGCCCGGCUCUCCAGCAACAGCAGCCUCGCCAGACUAGCGCCCCUUCAGGGUCAGGCAUGGCCACCGUUAGUCAUUUGUACAAUGCACCUGGCUCCAAUGACCAGAAGAGCGUGUCAGUGCGAAGCCGGAAUGCGUCUUUCCAGAGCAGACCAAGCAGUUAUUAUGGCGCGGUUGAUGACAUGCAAUUGAAUCGACCGACGGACGACACCAUGCGACUGAGGCGGCGCAGCAUGCAUUCGCUAGACUCUGCCGAUUAUCCCAAGCCGCUAACCCCACAGGAAUUCGCUCAGUCGGAAGAAUCCUCCCGUCCCGACCGCGUUCCAACUCCCAAAAACAACGAAAAAUCGCUUCGCAUGGUUUCCAGUCUCGCUCCUCCCACCGACACCAACAUGCAUGUUCGCAAUGGCAGCGCAGAAAGCGUCGCGUCGAGUCGAAGCAGCCAUUCGCGGCCGUCCUCGUCUGCCAACCGUAGCGUACCCACCCCCACGGCAAACCCCUCUCUCUCCUCGUCUUCUUCAACCCCAGAUGAUGCUUCAUCGAAACAUGACCAGCUCAAGAUCGUGAACAUCCCGCCACGAAACUCAUCGUCAGAUGCGGCCAAGCGACAACCCACUCCGUCUCCUCUCUCCAAGCCGGUGACCAUGUCCACCGAGUCCAGUCCCCAAAAGCCACCUUCCUCUCUGGGAAAUGCUCCGCAGCAGGCUGCAUCCAACGCCAACGCCAGCAGCCCCGCCGCGCAGCAGCUCGCAGCAAUCAAACAAAAUGGCACGAAAUCGAAGAGCAAGACAUCGCGACUUCGCCGCGCAUUCUCUUUUGGUAGCGCCGCUGAUUUUAAGAAAGCUGCUGGCCCCGAACCCCCGGUGGAACCCAGCAAUGUGAACGCCAGUGAUGCAUCGAAGUUGCACAAGGACCCGACCGCAGAUGAGUUGUACGAGGCUGAGCAGGCGGCCAUCGCCAAGAAGCAGGAGGAGGGGGGAAUCGGGAGCAACAUUUACGGCGGAAGGCUCUUUUCUGGGUCGACCGACAAUCUGUCCAUUUCGUCCACGGCGUCUUCUGCUUCUAUCAUGAUCCGUAAGAUGGGUCGUGGCAUGAAGAAGAGCACGCGAUCGUUGGUGGGUCUCUUCCGACCGAAGUCAGUUAUUGGUGUUCCCGCCGCCGAUGCCAUGGCUCCGGAAGCUAGCCAGGCCGCUGUCUCAAUGAUCACUGUCGAGGCCGAAAGGGUCAACGUCAAUCCGGACCCCCGUGCACAAAAUGGCGGUGGUACAGGGUUUCCUCACCUGGAGCGAAACUCGCUGGACGUCUCCAACACUCCCAGCAUGGUUUCCGAGCGUGCUGGAAGUUCUGGCACCGACAGCGCCGGUCGAAAGAGCAUCGUGGGUGGCGACAGGGAGCGUGCCGAGGUUCUAGCUGCUGUCAGGAAAGGCAUCCUCAAGCACAACGGCCGAUCAAACAGCCCAGCACGCGAUGGCGCCAAGCCCUUCGAGCUCCCCGCCAUUCCCAAUGUCUCCGACUCGCCUAUUUCCACAGCGCCUAGCACGCCGAAUGAUGAGGCACAAGGCCACAAGCGUUCAGGGUCGGUCGCCAUUGGCAGCGAGGAUUAUUUCAUGACCGCUCUUAGACUCCGCCAAGACAGCAAGAGUGCUCCUGGAACGCCAUCCGGAGGUACCAAGAGGAACGCGACAUUUUCACCAAGAAUCGUCUUUCACGACACAUGGCCAAGUGGAGAGUAUGAUCGCAGAGGCGAGAUUGCAACAUGCAACCGCCUGACGCCUAUGUUGGCUCAGCAGAUCAAGGAGGAGCUCAACACAUUCAAGAUGGAAAUGGAAGUUCACGAAAACUCCAAGAUUUACACGCACUUCUUCUAA